AUGCCACAGAACGUCGUUCUCCCAGGACCUGCUCCUUGGGGAUUCAGGCUGACAGGAGGGAUAGAUUUUAACCAGCCUUUGAUCAUAACCAGGAUUACUCCAGGAAGUAAGGCUUCAGCAGCCAAUUUAAGUCCUGGUGAUGUCAUUCUAGCUAUUGAUGGCUAUGGUACAGAGAACAUGACUCAUAACGAUGCACAGGAGAGAAUUAAAGCAGCAUCACAUCAACUUUGUCUCAAAAUUGAGAGGGCAGAAAGUAGAUUAUGGUCUCCACAAGUUUCAGAAGAUGGCAAAGCUCAUCCCUUUAAAAUAAAUUUGGAAGCUGAUCCACAGGAUACGAAUUACUUUGAACACAAGCAUAAUAUUCGUCCCAAACCUUUCAUAGUCUCAGGCCGAAGCAGUGGAGGCAGUACUCCUUCCGGUAUUGAUGGUGGCAGUGGACGUAGUACCCCCUCUUCUGUUAGCACUAUCUGCCCUACUGACUUGAAAGCUGCAUCUAAGAUGGCCCCUAACAUUCCCUUGGAAAUGGAACUUCCUGGUGUCAAGAUUGUACAUGCUCAGUUUAAUACACCUCUGCAGAUGUACUCAGAUGAUAAUAUAAUGGAAACACUGCAGGGCCAAGUUUCUACAGCUCUGGGGGAAAAUCCCUCAAUGAGUGAACCAGUGCCAACCUCUGUACCUCAAUCUGAUGUGUACAGGAUGCUGCAUGACAAUCCGGAAGGGCCCAGUCAACCACGUCAAUCUGGCUCAUUUAAGGUGCUCCAGGAUUUAGUCUCCGAGGAUUCUGAUGGACGUCCCAUUGGUACCAGGAGCGUGAGAGCACCAGAAACAAAGAUGCCUUCUGGUGCAGGAAGUGUACAAAAAGUGCCAUUGUGUGACAAAUGUGGAAAUGGCAUUGUUGGUGCAGUGGUGAAGGCGCGUGACAAGUACCGGCACCCAGAAUGCUUUGUGUGCUCUGACUGCAAUACCAACCUAAAACAAAAGGGCUACUUCUUUGUGGAGGGACAAUUAUACUGUGAAACUCAUGCGCGAGCCCGCAUGAGGCCACCAGAGGGAUACGAAGCAGUUACCGUUUAUCCAAAGUGCUAGUCCUGUG